AUGUCCGAGCAGGACCGCAAGCACUCCUACCGGCAAAUAAACGACAGCAACAUCCAGUCGCACGUGGAAUACGCGUGCAAGAAACAGCACCUGUCCGAAAAUUAUAAAGGCCGAAAAAGCAGCAGCUUCCAAGAAAUCUACCUCCAAGAAGCGGACUUCAGCCAGCAGCAGCUGAGCCACCUCGUCGACGUAUACUACCAGACCUACGACUCCUUACUUUGCUGCUGCUUAGCACCAGCCUGUUUUUCGUCCAUUCAGACUGUCCAUCGACAACCGCAUCUGUUUCCACUGCGGACUUCAAGGUCACAUCCGUGCAACAUGCCCCUCCUAUCGGUCUCUUCAGCGACAACCAGGACGGCAAGCAGCCGGAUCAGCAGACAGGACUUAGACAGUGGGAGGUCAGCCAGAGCGACCAAAAAGUUCCGGAGGGUGUUCAAGAGUGCAAUUUUGUAGCAGACUACUCGAAAAGAACCCAUCACAGCCGACGAAUUUU